AUGGCGAAUCAUCUAAAGGAAAAAUCGCUGUAUAGCGAGAUUCGCGCUGCGUCUACAACCACAGACAUACCAACUCCUAGUACAGUGAGCGUGAUAGCUACUCCACUAAGGUCUCCUGGAUCUACUGGGCUACCUCCUCCACCCAUGACCAUUCGGGGAACUCAUGGUGAUUGCGAGGUACAGCCAUCGGGUUAUGGCCCCGUUCCGAAGUACGACAACAUGCGGGGAUUCUCCUACUCGUCAGAGAUACGCCAUGCGGCGGAGAACGCCCCGAUCCCCCCCGGCUACAUCGAAAGCUUUGUCUCCGCCAACGGAUCGUUUGUCGGAAGCCACUAUCUCGGUCACUACGAACUAAAGUCCUUUGAUACACUCGAGGGCACGGAAUCUGGCCACGACCAAAUCUGUCAGGGUUUCAACACCUACUUCGAGCGGGCGCCUGCAAUACGGCUCGGUCCCGGAUGUCGGGAGUCUGCAAGCCGAACAAUUAUAAAGUGCGCCCUGUGGGGGGAAUCACUUCGUAUUGAGGGCGCUAAGAAUAUUGGAUACAGAGAGUGGGAUUUUGACGUGGUCAUUGCGGGUUCCAACGGGUAUAGUCUAGAGAAAUACGCCGAGUCAAGCAACCUGGCCCCUGGGAAGAAGCUAGAGCCCGUGGUUCUUGCGGCACUUUUUGCACUUCAAGUGUUUUUGGGAUUCAUGGCACUUUGGGGGCAAGACUGA